GUCCUGUCUGUUGUUUACGUUUAGCCACCAACAUGGAGGACGAGGUGGAUGUUGAUAUCGAGGGAGACGAGUCUGACAGCAGUAUUAGUGAGCUGGACGGAGGAGGUUUAGUCCAGGAGCAGCAGUUCAUCCAGUCUGCGUGGAAGAGCAGCGCAGGGAUACUGCCAUGGGAGCUGGACAGCUCCAUCAGCCCAGAGAACAGAGAGGUGAUAGAGAGGAUGCUGCUGGAGGAACAAUACUACCUGACAGGUGAGGGGAUUCCUGACCAUAUAUGGGAAAGUGAUGCUCACAACCAGCCCAAAGUGAAGAAGUCUCCAGCCAAGACGUCGGCCUCAGGAUCAUCCUCUCGUUGGUCCAAACAGGAGAAAGAGCUGUUUGAGGAAGGACUGGCUCAGUUUGGUCGAAGGUGGACAAAGAUUGCCAAGUUGGUGGGCAGCCGUUCUGUUCUUCAGGUCAAGAGCUAUGCCAGACAGUAUUUCAAACACAAGGCCAAGUCAGAACCCAGAGCUGCAGCUCCCUCUGCAGGUCCUGCGCUGCACCUACAACCUCCUCAGCCCACUUCCAGUCAUGUAUCCACUCUGUCAAACACUGUCCGCAUAGAGAAGCUUUCUGAUGAAGAGGACGAGGAGGUAGACAUCACUGACGACCUGAGCGAUGAUGGAGAGGGUGACAGUAAACUGCAGACUGUGGUCAAAACUGAGCUCUGUGAGCCAGAGAAGAUAACGGGCACUGAGUUCCAGACGGACGCAGACGAGCAGAAAGAGGCAGGUCUGAUUGAGACGAAGGACCAACCCAGCCACACGACGCUGUCUCCACAAAGUCCUCAACCCUCAUCUUGCCUCCCUUCCUCAACUGGGCCAGAUGAGAAAGGCAUAGAGAGAGUAUUACUACCUCCAAAGAACUUUCAGUCAGGAGCUCAGACAGACUCAGAGCAAAUGGACGAUGAGAAUGAAGACCAGAGCUCCCAGUGUGAGAGCUCAGCACAGACUGGCCAACUGGAAGAGGCCUGUAGUGAUGACACAGAUGCUGCUGAUAAAGCUGAGCGGAGUCCAGCUGAUGGACCAGAGGAAGACCAGGAGGAGGAAGAGGAGGAGGAGGAAGAGGAGGAACUUAAGGCCCCUGAGCAGGAAAUAGAGAUGGACACGGAGGCCAUCACUGAGGAUGAGAAACAAGCAAUCCCAGAGUUCUUUGAGGGACGACCAUCCAAGACCCCUGAGAGAUACCUCAAGAUCCGAAACUACAUCCUGGAUCAAUGGUUGAAGAGUAAGCCCAAGUACCUGAACAAGACGUCAGUGCGCCCUGGACUGAAGAACUGCGGAGACGUCAACUGCAUCGGGAGAAUACACACCUACCUGGAGCUCAUUGGAGCCAUCAACUUCAACUGUGAGCAAGCAGUCUAUAAUCGCCCAAAGGUGGUGGAUCGCUCCAAGCAUAAGGAGGGCAAAGAUGUGCUUGAGGCGUACCAGCUCGCCCAGAGACUGCAGAGCAUGCGGACCAGGAAGCGCCGUGUGCGGGACAUAUGGGGAAACUGGUGUGACUCUAAAGAUCUGGAGGGACAGACGUAUGAGCAUCUGAGUGCUGAGGAACUCGCUCUGCGGAGAGAAGAGAUGAAGAAGCAGCCUAAACCCUGCAAGACCUCCAGAUUCAAAGGGUCGUUUGAUCCCUUCCAGCUGAUUCCCUGCAGGUCUUUUGGAGAGGAUGUACAGGAACCAUUCCAGGUCAUUGUGUGUGCAGAGACUCUUCUCAUAAUGGACAUGCAUGCCCACGUGUCGCGGGGGGAAGUCAUUGGUCUGCUCGGUGGAACUUUCAGUGAAGAAGAGAGAAUAUUAAAGAUCUGUGCUGCAGAGCCAUGCAACAGUGUGAGUACAGGUUUGCAGUGUGAGAUGGAUCCCGUGUCUCAGACACAAGCCUGUGACGUGCUGUCGUCCCUUGGCUUCAGUGUGGUGGGCUGGUACCACUCACAUCCCACCUUCCACCCCAACCCUUCAGUCCGGGACAUAAACACACAGGACCAGUUCCAGAGUUAUUUCUCACGUGGCGGAGCCCCCUUCAUCGGGAUGAUAGUGAGCCCAUAUGACCCAGCCAAUGCCUCCCCCCAUUCCCAAACUACCUGCUUAUUGGUGAAAGAGAGCCAGGGGCCUUCAGGACCACAGAAGCUGCCCUUCAGAUUCGACUUCCUGUCAUCACAAGACAUUCCUGACUGGGAACAGACGUUGAGAAGAGCUCAGUGGAUCAUCCACAAAUACUGUCAAACACCUGGGAGUGUGCAGAUGGACAGAUUUUUCCGAAAAGAUUCCCAUCUCACCUGUCUGGAGAAGAUGCUGUCAUCUCUGGCCAGGUACCUGGAGCCCCUGCCAGAUGAGGAGGGAGACCCCUUCCUCACCCAGAUCCAGGCACUUUUCCAGUCAGACUUUAUUGCCAAGCAGCAAUCAUGUGACCAGGAAGAAGGGGAAUCUUUAAAUAUCUCAUCCAGACCAUUGGACUCAGAUGACUUUGCUUUUCAUCAGCUGAUCAGUGAGGAGAGGCCCCAGACGGGAGGAAGAGGCUCUGAUCUGGACUCUGGCAGAGCUUCAGACAGCAGCGUACAGCCUCCCACACCGACCACAGACACAACCUCUGAGCCAGUGUUGCAUCUGGGCUCCGUGCUGUCGACUGAACAUGACUAUUUACUGUGAUGGUCCAUAUAUCAGACCGUUCUUAACACAAUAUUCAACAAAGUAUAAGCUUUUAUGUGAAUAUGAAAUGAUUUUGUAUCAGUGUUACCAACUUAUUCAUUUAGUUUUUUAACAUUUUAUUAUUUUAGAAAAGUCCUUUAACCAAAAAUUAGAAAGAGAGGGAGAGAGUGUGUGUGUGUUAUUGAGGGAAAAAAGCAUUUCACUUUUUCAGUUUCUUUUA